ACUGUAAAUAAAAACCACCGUUUAGAGUUUAUUUUUUAAUUAUUUGUGUUGACAACUACCCACUAUGGAAUCCGGUGAAUCUGAUAUUGAGCUACAAUCAGCUUUACCCAAAGUUUCAAAUAAGAAAAUGCCAAAAAGCCCAUCCGUAGAUUUAUUAACGAAAAAACAAGAUAAAAAAUCAACCAAAGAAAUGAUCAACCAAGCUUUAAUUGAUCUGAAGACACGAAAAGGCGUUUCGUUAUACGCAAUAAAGAAAUACAUCACGGAAAAAUACAGCGUCGACACGGAGAGACUGAAUUACCACAUCAAAAAAUACAUAAAAUCGGCAGUUGAACAGGGAUCCAUCGUGCAAUUGAAAGGUAUUGGAGCUUCCGGGUCUUUCAAACUGGUUCCCGUAAAAGAAAAGAAAGUUAAGCCAAAGAAAGUACCGAAAGAAAAGGCAGAAAAACAGAAGAAUGCCGAGAAAAAACCAAAGAAACUUAAAGAAAAAACGGUCUCUAAAGAAAAGACAACAAAGCCUAAAUCUAAAGUUAAAGAGGAUGAAAAUGUGGAGAAAGUUGAGAAACCUAAAAAAAAGGUUGUAAAAGAUAAAGAACCAAAGGAAAAGAAGACUAGCGAGGCAAAGGCAAAGAAAGUCAAGAUGGCGAAAGCAAUGCAAACUCCCUCCAAAAAGAAAGUGGCCAUGAUGAAAAGAAAAAGUAUAGGAUCGAUCAUUAAACCGCCAAAAAUGAAACCAAGUAAAGCGAAACCUCAAAAAUAAGUUAAAAAGGUAUAUAAUGCUUAAUUUUUUAAUUUUAAUAUUA